AUGAGGACGAUCCUCCUCGGUCGGUUUUGUUUUAGACGCGGGAUCCCGCGUGUCCCGCGAAAUCGUUUCACAUCAUGGCAACCUCCAACUCAAACCCCGCGAGGGGGUCGGAUAAUCGGCGGAAUGGUGAUGGCUGCUUUAGCACCCAGCGCAUUCCUCCGGCUGGCAGAGGCAGAUCACCCCGAGAAGACCGGGGAGAUGCAGAUGCUUGAGGCGUCACGAGAGGAAAUUCGAAAAAUCGUCUCCCCGGACGCCCAGGGCUUAUCGCGCGCCUGGCAAUCCCUAUCUGUCACAUUCUACUACUAUGUCUAUGACCCAAUCGCCACCGGGUUACGAUUCCUUCAUUUAUUCGUCAUCUUCAUGCCGGUUGUGAUCACUGUGCCCGCUAUCUGGAUCGGUCGGGCCGUUGGAAGCAAAGGAGGGCCACAAUCGGGAACAUUAUGGUGGUAUCGGUUCUUGGUGAAGGCGAUGGAGCGCGCUGGACCUGCCUUUAUCAAGCUUGGUCAAUGGGCCGCUUCACGAACCGAUAUAUUCCCACCGGAAAUGUGUACUAUCAUGUCCUCACUUCAUUCAAAUGCUCCUGCCCAUUCACUACGCGAUACCAAACGAACCAUCCGGAAAGCAUUCAAUGGACUUCCAUUCGAAGAAAUCUUCGAAGAGUUUGAUGAAAACCCCCUUGGUGUUGGUGCUAUUGCACAAGUUUACAAAGCAAAGCUUAAACCGAGUCUAGCCACCACAAGCCAGGAGCUAGGACAGGAGCCGAUUACCCUGGGGGAGAGGGUACGCAAGAAUGUUGAUGUGCUAGUGAAGAACUCACCACAGCGGGUACCGUCAUCCUAUGUUGCUAUCAAAGUAUUGCAUCCCCGAGUCGAGAAGAUGAUCCAUCGUGAUUUGCGGAUCAUGUCGUUCUUCGCUUCUUUGAUAAAUGCCAUACCGACGAUGAAUUGGCUCUCCUUCCCGGAUGAAGUAGAGCAAUUUGGGGAGAUGAUGAAGCUUCAACUGGAUAUGCGCAUUGAAGGCACCAAUCUCGUCAGAUUUCGGGAGAAGUUCAAGACCCGAACCACCGCUUGGUUCCCAUAUCCCUACCUUGAUUACACAACUCGCGAGGUGCUAGUCGAGGAAUUCGCACAGGGUAUUCCGCUAGCCACAAUUUUGAAUAUUGGAGGAGGUGUUUAUCAGCAUGAGAUAGCCAAUGAAGGGCUUGAUGCAUUUUUACAUAUGCUGUUGAUUGAUAACUUUGUCCAUGCAGAUCUACAUCCCGGAAAUAUCAUGGUUCGCUUUUAUCAGCCUAGCGAGCUCGAUCUAUCUCUUCGCAAGCAUUCUCGAGCCACGGAUGCUCCGACACGAGCAGAAGUAGACGUUACCGACUCCGUGCUUGCGCGACUACGCCCGCACAUAGGCAACCAACAACAAUGGGACUCUGCCCUGUCUCAGCUCAAUGAUGAAGGAUAUCGCCCGCAGCUGAUAUUUAUUGAUACGGGUCUUGUCACCGAACUGAACGAUGGCAAUCGGCGAAACUUCUUGGAUCUUUUCCGAGCCAUUGCUGAGUUUGAUGGCUACAAGGCAGGCCAUCUCAUGGUUGAGCGAUGUCGUACACCUGAACAGGUUAUAGAGCCAGAGAUUUUUGCUCUCAAAAUGCAACAUCUUGUGCUCAGUAUCAAGACACGCACUUUUGCCCUCGGAAACAUCAAAAUUGGCGAUGUGCUGAGCGAGGUCUUGACAAUGGUUCGUGGUCAUCACGUCCGGUUUGAAGGUGAUUUUGUGAACGUUGUGAUAUCUUGCCUCCUUCUCGAGGGUAUUGGGAGAAGUUUGAAUCCGGAUCUAGACUUGUUCAAGAGCGCCCUCCCUAUUCUCCGACAACUGGGUUCUGGCGCCACCUUCUUGCAAACAGUCCGCUCGGGUGAUACCUCGAUGCUUCGUGUCUGGGUUGGUUUAGAGGCACGUGGACUGCUGCAGGCCAGCAUCGAGAGUGUCGAGAAUUGCGUCAAGUAUGAUCAACUGUCGCCGAACAUUUGA